CCUACCCAGAUCCUAUCGCGCCCCGAGCCUCGUUCUGUGCCUUUGACAUAUCUGCGACUUCAGAGGAGGAGGGGCGUUAGUAUGGAAGCGCUUCAGAGAGUCGUGCGGACAUGGAUUGCGUCCGAGCAAGAGGAGGAAGUCGACACGGCGGUGUCAGAAAUCAGCAAAGGGAAUGCAACACUACUGGAUCUUGUCAAAGCUUUAGGGGAAUACCUCACCUCCGAAGAAGAUGAGCUGAGGACGAAGGGUGUUGAGUUUCUCUCGCUUGUAAUCAGCAAAUGCCCACCUGAGAAGCUCCAUCGACAAUCGGUCCGUGUGCUGGUGAGCUUCUACUGUGGCAAGCUGGAAGACACCGAGACUAUCAUUCCGGCGCUCAAAGGGCUCGUCUCUCUCACUGCGAUGCCUGCCUUUGCAUCUGCAGACGCGAUCGAGGUUAUGAAUGCGCUUUUCAAACAUGUCCGGAUGAAUGCACUCGUUCAGUCUCAGCGGUUCAUGGUAUACAAGAUUGUCGACACACUGAUAGCUAAACACCGAGAUGACUUUCUGUCUGGCUACAUCUCACUGGCUGAAGGCGAGAAGGACCCUAGGAACCUCUGCAUUGCCUUUGCCAUCGAUCGCGUCCUGUUGCUGGAGUUUGACAUCACUGCUCACGUCGAGGAUAUGUUCAACAUCACGUUCUGCUACUUCCCAAUCACCUUCAGACCACCUCCAGAUGACCCGUACGGCAUCACCACGGACGAUCUCAAGAAUGCACUCGGCGCAUGUCUGAAAGCCACGCCGUUGUUAGGACCUCCGGCAAUCCCUCUGUUUCUCGAGAAGCUCGCAGCAGGCAGCCCAGUCACGAAGCGAGAUACCCUCAAGGCUCUCGACAGCUGUCUCCCUGUCUAUGGGGCGUCUACAGCGCGUACUCACGCACGAAAGCUGUGGAAUUCUCUGAAACUAGAGAUCUUCCAACCAACCGAUAGCGUAACAGAACAAGCCGCCCUUCAUACGACUCAAGUACUUAUCCGGACGAUCUACUCUGCGCAAGGGAACGAAGAUCACGAAGGAGCUUGCGAGGAAUGCAUUCAGAUCCUGCGUGAGCCGGAGAAGAGCCAGGCGAAGCCUGCCAAUAAGGUCAUGUGUGCAUUCAUGGCGACUACGCCCUCCGUCGCGCGCUUCACACUGGCACAGGUAACGCCGCACCUCGUCAAGCUCUUCCUCAACCCAGACGAGCUCCCGAACCGUUCGCCUACUCUCCGGCUGCUCGCCGACGUCAUAGUAGCCGCCCGGGACUCGAUGCCGAAGGAUCCGGAGAUCCUCCCUGCGGAGGAAGACAUCCCGCUCGCGCCGUAUAAGGACGAGGUCCUAGGUGUGCUCACUGUCGGUUUGAACGCCGGGUCAUCAGCACAGCCAGCCCUCGAUGGCUUGAAGGCCUUGGUAACAACCCGAGGGUUGUUAGCGGAUGAAGAGCUCGGUUUUGUUGUUCACAAGGUCAACGAGCUGCUCCAGGACGGGCAGGAAGAGAAUGAAGAUAUCAGCGACUCCGCUCUCGAUUUGUUGACGACCAUCUCAGUAUCCGCGCCCCGCCAUCUCUUUGCCGACCGCGCACCUGCACGCGACGCCCAGGCCGAGCGACUCAAGUACUGGCGCACACUCGCCUCCCUUACCAAGCUCUGCAAGCAGCCCGACCUCUUCGAGACCCUUGUCGUCCGGCUCCUCACCAAGCUCGACCUCAUCUGCGAUGACUCAGACACGGACAGAGAGCCGAACGCGGCGUAUGCUCACUCGAUCCUGCGUACAAUUGUUGACGUGUUAGAUGCGAAGGUUGAGCUGGGCCAUGCGGAUGUGAUCAAGUACAUCGACAGGCUGGUGCCGCGGUUGUACAACUUGUUCAUCUACUCCGCUCUGAUGUCGAACGGAACGUACUUGGUCGCGACUGACCCGCGCCUUGUGUCUGUCGCGGCGCAGGUCAUCACGCUAGUCGUACAGACGUUAUCUGCCCAGCGACAGGAGACGUUUAUCGUGGCAUUGUUUGCGGCGUACGUACAAGGCGAUGUCAAGCAGCUUGCCGAAGGACAUCAGAAGGUACCUUCGGACAAGAGGUUUGACCCAUUCGAUGUAGAAGCGUCGCCCUUGCAGAAGAAUAUGCUCGCCCUCUUCGCUGCGGCCGUAGUCGCACUUCACAAGGAGGUGGCACUGCCAGUCCCGGAUGAAGCGGCUUUCCUAGACAUGCUGCUCCGCUGGGCUGUCACUAUUGCGGAUAAUGUCCUGCAACGAGACGCAGCAGUACAUGUGACAUGUUCCAUCGUCAACAAACGGACGGACGGCCUGUCUACCUUCCUCCGGGAGAAGCUCAACAUUUUCUGGACAAGUCAAAUAGCAAGUAACGCCCAUCCACCAGAGAAGCGUCGCGAAGCCAUCUCGACAUGGUCAUGGAUGACGAAGGCCCUCCUGGUCAGAGGGGAUCCUCGUGCUGCGGAUCAGGUGGACCGGCUCUUUCAGUUAUUUGGAGACAAUGAAAUCAGCUGGGACGCCGCGCGGACGAUCGGCGGUGUGGUCGCCACUGACAGAAUCCUCACGAAGAAACAUCAUAGCGUCAUCAAGUUCCUCUAUGCACAGAAGUAUUGCAACACGGUCUUACCUAGGAUCAUUGAGGGUGCGAAGUCAUCCGAAGACUCCAGGCAGCAGAAUGCAUACCUUGUAGCUCUCACGUCUAUGAUCAAGUCUGUGCCCAAGACGGUAUACGCGCACCAGAUGCCAACGCUGAUGCCUCUCCUCCUCCGUGGACUCGAUCUCCCUGACUUCGAAAUCCGGGCCAGCGUGAUCGACACGCUUCUCGCGACUGCCGAGAGUAGCUCAUCGUCAUCGAAGACGACGGAGAACAACAUCAUCGCGGAGCACGCCUCUAGCCUAGUGUCGACGAUGCUCAGAAAUAGCAUGGUCAAGGACAUGCCUUCCGUGCGUGUAAGGAUCGCCGCUUUGCGAUUCCUCGGGGUCCUUCCAAGUGCUGUCCGGUAUGAUGUCCUACACCCACAGAAGGCCAUGGUGAUCCGUGAACUUGGGAGGGUGCUAGAUGACCCGAAAAAGGCGGUUCGUAAGGAGGCAGUGGAGGCAAGGACCAAUUGGUUCAAGUUCAAUGGCUAAGAUGAAUUUUGAACAUACGAAAGGAGCUUGUUAUCAACACGGUAGCCAAACAACAUCUGUAUCGAUAAAACAUGCCAACGGCAGUUUUGCAAUGUAGCAUUUAUACGCUUUCCUUCAGUGGUACUGCAUACUAUUAAAUUAAUAUCAACGAGCAUUGCGACUUUCGGACCGAUGCC